AUACAAGUUUGAUAUAAAACCUGUAUUUAGUGCUUAUAGAAUACUAUAGAAAAUGUGAUCAUGAAAUCCACUAUUAUCAUUACGAUUGUGUUCGUCACUAUGGUCCAUACGAAGGCCCAGUCUCCCCUCAAAGACAACAACUCUACAGGGCUGGAUCUUAAUUCAAUAAACGCCGAAAACGUGGACAUUGUUAGACAACUUCUGAACCAGGAAACCAUUAUUAGGAUGACCUUAGUGAAAAAUGUCCAUACUUUGAUGAAAGACAUGCUGAGUUUACAGGAAAAACUCGCUGAGGCUGAAGUUGAAAUCUCCUCCCUGAAGAAAUCGACUGAUAGCGAACUUACCGAUUUGAAAAACGAAGUGAUGCUGCUGAAACUCGAAAAUGGUUUGCUGAGAAAUAUAACAAAUGUCCACGAAGAAGAGCUUGAAAAUUUGAAUAUCAAGCUGGAAAACGUUUCGAAUACACUGGCAGACAUUAAAAUUGAGGUAAGGUUUUCGUCGCUGACACUUCUAAAUCUAAACACACGUACGUUUGAAAUGGAAAAGGAAAUAGAGGAAGUGGCUAGGUCUGUAGGAAACGUCAAGGUAGAAUUAACAGACAUAGACCAAAAGAAAUCAGCUGCAAUCUCCAUACUCAAAAAAAAAAGGAGCUUCUAUCUGAUUAUAGAAAAUGCAUUGAAUGUGAACAGCUCGAUGGACAAUUUUCAGUCUGCCCUGAGGUUGUCAGAGAUGGAACAGUUAAAGUUGUCUGCCGCUGUAUCGUCCUUGGAACUGUUGAGAGCGAACUUAACAAACCAUGAUCAUGAUCAAGCUACGAAAGUGGCAUUUACUGCGGGUGUUACCUCGAGCAACAAAAGUUGGAGAAGUGGAGUUUUGGUUUUCGAUAAAGUCAUCUUUAGCAUUGGAAGCGGAUAUAACCCCAGUACGGGAGUUUUUACAGCGCCGAUAGAAGGAAACUAUGUCUUUUAUGUCAGUGCUAUGGAGUUUUCUAACCAUUAUCUCGGAGUCUUUAUCGAUAAAAAUGGAAAACAUCAGGUGAAAUUAAUUGGCGACUCUAGUGCUCAAUUCCAGACGGGUACAAACAUGGUGAUAUUAAGUCUUAACCGGGGAGAUGCUGUGUGGGUCAAUCAUAACUCCAAAGGCGGUGUCGGUUAUUAUAGUGAAUCAAUUCCAGUUACAACCUUCUCUGGAUUUCUCAUUUAAAGUGCACUAUUUCUAUCAGCAAUUUAUUAUUUUCUUAUAGCUAGAUAGAUAUUUGUCUUAUUCAGUUUUUAUUUACAUUUAUUUAGAAGCAACUUCUAUUUGCGAUUUGAUUAUAAAUAUUGUCAGUUU